ACGAUUGCCGGUAGCAAUGUUGCAACCUUGGAGCGGAUCGACGCGUUCCUCUUGGCGACGACCGGGGGUGGAUCCUGGAUGUCUGCCGUUGGCGGUCGUUUCAAAGUGGGCGAAGCUGUCCUAACCGAGUACUAUGAUAUCAGCGACGCGUCUGUCCAUGACGCUUGGGUGUCGGCGCCGGAGCCGCUGGAGCACGGUGACCUGCACAUGCUCUUCCCCGACGACGACGCCGGCCCGGCGGAACACGUGUGCCUGCAGUACGGCGAUAUCUCUGCGUUUUCUCUGUUGCAUCGGUGGCGCGACCGCCAUGGCAGAGCUGAAUUGGCGACGUGCAAGAGCGCCACCGCUGCGCGGAUCGCCCUGCGGGGGCUAGCUGCAGAGCGGCCGGCAUGGAUAGUGCGGCCAGCCAACAGAGAG